UGUACUUGGGCCUACGUGUAGAAUUGAUCAGUGGCUAGGCCUAGCAUCGACUCGGUUAAAGCUACAUUUACCGAACCAAUUUCUUCAAAGUUGGUUUUUCUUCUUCUCCGAAUUGGGAGUUUUCAGGUUGGAGUUUUGCAAAGAUAAAAAAAUAAGAUUUAAGAAAACCCAAACAAUGAAGAAGACGGCCAAGGAGUUUUCGCACAGAAGCCAAACAAUAGUGAUGACAUUUUAUUAUUCACGCUCUGGUUAGAUAUACAGUGCCGAUCAAUAUAGCAAUAACAGUCUACACGGGAGAGUGUGCAGGCUUGCUGCACUUCCAAGCUGUGUGGAUUUCUUAGCUAACUGGUAUAGCUCAGCCAAUUCGAUUUUUUGUUUUUCGCCUGAUAUGUUUCAUGCACACUGUUCAACAGGCCUAGCAUAGCACCCCUUAACUCAAACUUGAGCCCCAUCCUCUUCAAUCGUCUGAAAUGACCCAUCUUCCCGGUGUACCUCACAUGGACCAGGACGUGAGCCUGGUGACUUACGAGGACGGCCUGCUGAACAUUUUGAGGGAACUGAGGAAACAAUGGCAGGAGGAAGACAUUGUAAUAAAGCCCCUGGGCCCAAACCUGGUGAACCUGGCUCUUCUGUGUUCCUGCAAGAAUGACGAGGAAGAUGCAGUUGUCGCAAGGGUCAACGGCAAGGUCAUCAAGUUGCUUCCAUGCCAUUUUGACAGAGAUUACGAAUUUACAGUUAUCCGCCUUCUCCAGCAGCGGUCACUUGGUGCAUCCGUUGUCAUGACUUUUAGGAACGGUUUCUGUAUGGAGUACAUCCAGGGACAGCAUUACGACUGGACAGACUGUUUCUACAAAGAUGGGCCAGAGCAGGAUGAGUUUAUGAGGAUUGUUGCUCGGGAGAUUGCGUGUUACCAUUGCCUAACAACUGCAAAUGCUGCCAAACAGAUGGGGUUCGAAACCCAGCCCUAUUUCAAGAAACACUGUCAGACGAUCUUGGACGUUAUACCCCACGCUGUUACAAAUGCAUCGCAUGGUGCCCAAAGAAUCCGAGAGGUGUUCGGCCAUGAUCCAUUUGCCACCUUGGAGAGAGAACUUCAUCACACGUAUGAUAUAUUGGAUGACCUUGACCUUCCAGUGACCUUCUGUCAUUGUGACGCCAAUCCUACCAACUUUAUCUACCGAGCGGAGGAUAAGCGAGCCAUUCUGGUUGACUGCGAGGGUUGUUGCUUCAGCUACCCAGCUUAUGAUCUUGCAACCCACUUCUUUCUUUCCUUUGUUGGAUCUCGUCCUGAUAUUGACAAACGACUCCCUAGUGAUGAAUUCAUUGACAAAUGGCUAAAGAUUUAUUUUGAAGAACGCCGCAAACUCGGCGAUGAUAUUACUGAUAUUGAGGCAGAGGUGAAGAAAUGGAUGAUCCACAUUAGUCGAAUGAUGCUGGGCAUAUACUGGUGGCAGGCUGCCUUAGGCAUCUACUGGAUACAACAGAAGGAUUUCUUUGAGGAAAAAGUUUUAGAUAUGUUCUUGACUUGCGCUACGACGCGGAUGAAAAAAUACUAUGAAAUAAAGGAAUCGAUUUCAAGUUGAUGAAUACUACGAGAUGAAGGAAUACAUUUCGUGCUGAUAGAACACUAUGAGAUGAAGUGAUACGUUAUAAGUGACAUAUGGACAGUGGCAAUUGACAAGGUGAAUCCAAUGCAAAUCCAAUGCAAAUCCGGUGUAACAUUGGCGGUUGUCCCCCACAUCUAAGUCUUCCAUACAAUAGACUGCUAGAGACGCAAUGACUUUCCAAAAGAGGGAAACACAGAAAAACGAGUAAAACAUCUGGGGUAACACUUAGAAACGAAAACAACCUUACACCGGCAUCAUACAGCAUAUUCUGUAUAUUAUUGUUGUACCGUAACUUUACAAGAUUUACAAUCUUAAUUGAUCGAUUAACUGUGAAUGUACACACCCGCAUACCUCGAUACCAUUUGAACUAAAACUUAUGUUUCAGUUAAAGUAAAUAGUUUGACGGACGAUAAAACCGCGCUCCCUUCGUCACUAGACACUCUAGUCGGCACAAUCAACAUCAAUCGGCACCCUCGGCCGGCAAAUAAAAAUUUCAAAUAUUGUCUAAUUUUUGUGGACGGAAAGGUAAUUUUCAUUUCCUGAAAUAUGGAGAGCUGGUCUCUCGGCACGAGAUUAUUCUCUGGAAUAGGCGUAAUGCGGGAACCGUAGAGCAAAGGAAACUUCAGAAACUUGUCGAAGAAGAAGAGUAAAAACAAACGAAGUUCCGGGCACCACCUUCGGCAGAGUUGGAUCGGACUUGGCACCAGUACCGCCACUGAUUUCCAGAUCUCUCUGUAGGUAUUCAACCGUUCGAAAAAGCAAACGCAUAACUUUCUAACUCGACAAGCCGCAGUCACUGCAUGACCUGCCUGAAAUAGCCCUAACUGAUUGUAACGGACAUCACUUUUCUUUGGCACUUCUAAUCCACCCAACAGUUUGAUGGUUCCAUUCACUUCGACAACAUCAUAAAUAGUAUCAAAACGGUGUCCCGUAGUUCUGCCAUUCUUCAAACAUGACACCACAGCUUUAUGUUCAUAAAAUGCAAGAACAAGAUGAUCUGGCGCAUUUUUGUAAACGCGACAUCGGUCGUUCGGAAUAGUGAACUCAAAUGCAACAUAUCCCAAAUCUAGUUUGUACAGCUUGAUGAGACCGCGUUGGCAGUGUAUAGACAGGUGCUUAUCGUAAAGACUUACACGGUACUCCAUAGUAUUUAUCCUCGGCACGAACCCGUUCGGGCAUAUCAAAAAUAAGUUAACUGUGGAGUUGUAGGCAGCGCGGAACAAUCGUUUUUGGAACUGGUAAACUGUUAAAGUAUCCAAUGGUCUACCCUCAGGGACAGACUGAACGAUUAUGGUUUCCGAGUUAACGUCAAAUAGCCAUCGGUCAUUUUUUCGCUGUAAAAUCGGAGGCAAGAUACGCCCUGAUGUCUGCUUAUAAUUCCCCCUGAGAUACCUCUAAUGAUAAUUGAGGUGAGAUAAAACUUAUGUAAGUAAGAUGAAUAUCCUUAUUACGUUCGCACUACGCCUAUUGCUAGGACUAUGCCAAAUCUUAACCGACAAUAUUGUGAUAUGCAAUAAGGUCAUUUUUAAAAGUUUUGCACCACGUUCAUGGUCAGCGCACUCGUCAAUUCAACUGCCGGCAUUGAUCUCUUUUUUGAAAAUGGCCAAGUUACGUAUAGGUGUUGUUUUAUUUUGGAUGAAAAAUUUUGGGAUAAAACAGAUAUCGCCAUGUUUGUUAAUCCAAAAGUUAAUUUCAGAUGUCAAUGCUCUAUAUAUUUUGUGAUGAGCAAUAAUGUGCACUCUUCGGACGGGUGUUGUUGCUUGUUCAAGCAAAGAUGUUUUAGCCAGAGGAACUGUCUUUCUAGCACAGUUUAUUUUGAUCCCCAAUACUAUUUUCCAGAUGUCUGCUGACCUAUUGUGACAAAAGACUAGAAUCAGACCGACUGAAGAAACAUACCUAGUCCGUCCUUUUUGCCCGAAACACUUUAUUAUAAAGGUAUUGAAUUUGUGGCCGGGUCUAUUAUGAAAAACAACAAAUCGACACUGACCACCGCGACGGAUGUGGCUGUGUUUUGUUUCCAUAGUGAAUGUAAUUGUCACAUGGUCAUCGUUGACGAUAGGUUUACGUGCAGCGUAUCUAAUAUCCCCAUGAUUGUUUGCAGCAAAAUAUCUAGUCAAAACAUUGCUUUUUAACCAUUCUAUGUGUAAAAUAAUGAGCUUAGCUUUAAUCCGACGGAUUUUAUAAGUUAACAAUUCAAGUCCUUGACCAGAAAGACAAUAUUCAUAAAGCCUUGUGCAGGAUUGGUUGAUAGUAAAGUGGCUGGCAACUCGCGAUCUUUUACACGAUUGAUAUUUUCUAGAAAAGUGUAAUUUCCCAGACGUUUUUCCUCUGGUGAUGUCCAACAGGUUAUACUGACUUGUUCUUUUCAUUUCGUUUUUAUAAACGAAAUGUUUUUUGUACCAUGAUCCUUUCACGUCCCAGCUUGUUAGGCCGCGGUCUAAGAAGGAUGAUUUAUACAUGAUUCUAUACGUGCUGGUGUUUGAAUGAUAGCGAUAAACACAUGUAUGCAUAUAAGGGACCGGUUGUUCUAAAUGAAAAAAUACCAAAAAAUCAAGUUGGGAAAUGUAGGAAUGGCCCCCUUUCCGGCGAGCCGCAUAUUUGACUGGCGGAGUUAAUGGAACGAUGGCGUAUUUGCUGCGAAAUGAAAUUACUUUUGAAUCCUUGAUGUAACAUAACGAUUUUGAAAUGAGUAACAUUCAUGGAUAAUAACAAUAAUAAACCUUGAUUCCAAGCGGCAGUUUCUAUUACAACAUUUCUAUCCGGUUUCUCCAAUACAGUCAAGAGAAACACUGAAGAAACGUUGCGAUAGUAAACCUUAUUACUAGUCGUUUCCGUUCAUACGUUCCAGUUUAACAUGAUAAUAACAAAUAAAAAAUUAAACUUCGAUAUUCUGCAUACUCAACGGAGAAAUUCUACAUGUAUGUUACCUUUCUUUGAAACAAUUUACACGUUGUCUGUAGGAACGCCUCUGCUCGCUCCAUACAUGUGCCCUCCCUGUUACUCCUCUGGCACCUAAUGUGAUACAUGCCCCCCGAGCAUGUAUUAAACGUGGUACAAGUUGUCUGCAAAAAGCAAACAAACGCACAGUUAAGAAGUGACAUCUCCAGCGAGCUUCCUAAAUCCGGGUGACGCAAUGCUCGAUUCGUUAUCAGCUUCUCGUAAAACACCAGGCGUAUUUGCAUCGUCA